UGUGAUAGUAGCUCUCCGAGACCUGUGUUUCAACCAAUUAAUGAUAGACGAUCUCACUCUCAUAGAAAUCAUCAAGAAACGAUUACGCCACAACACGAGGAAAUCACUAAAUACAUUCAUGAGACUUGGAAACUGAUUUUCCGUGAAUACGAGUCUACGAAACAGACGUCUGUUGAUGGGAAAGUAGCUAGAGUUGUAUAUUAUCAAGACAGAAAUUCAAAUCAAAGAUUAAAGAAUUUUGAACCCUUCGAUUUAGAACUGUACUGGGGCGAAAGACUGCUGCAGAAUAUCAAACAGUCGACAUAACGUAACACAACUUAUAGGUACACCGAAAUUUGGGACAGACUAGUGCAUUAGGGAAGUGUGUGUUUAGUAUCAUUCCAUUGAUUUGUUGCAUAUAACAGCUGUAUCAUAGAUUAUUCAUCUAAACAAAAAUAUAGAACGAUAAUAAAAUUAUCCGGGAGAAGGUGAAUUAGGCAUUCAUAAAUUUGAUUCUCCAUGUAUCUUUCGGAUUUAUUAUCUUCUGGAGAAAUAAUUCUUGUACAAAAGAAUAUAUGAAAUUUGUACAUUUACUUGAAAUGAUUCAGUUUCUGUACACAUUGAGCUAUAUAACCACUGAUACAUAAAGAAAAAAAAUUACAAAAAGAGAAAACGGAGAGCUCAAAUAGAAUGCUUAGAAUGCUAGAUAGUCAUGGUAUUAAAAAUAAAAGUUUUUUAUUUA